AUGGCUUAUAAGUAUGACGUCAUACCAAUAGUCCAUGAGGAAUUACCACUCCUUAAAUAUUUCAAUAUACCUAACCAAAUUAUUGGCGAUCGUUGGAAGAUGAGUAAUAAUUCCAAAUGUGUUCAGUUAAAAGCAGGAUUUUAUUACAAUUGUUCGCGAGAAUUCGAUUCGCUAGGAAAUAUAACAAUGGACGGAUAUUUGCAGUCAUGGAGAUAUUUUGAACAUGCUAAAGAAACAAUUAAAAUGAUAUUUAAAUUCAGAGGUAAUUGUGAAAGCAAAGUUAGAAAAUAUCUAGAAAGCAUUUCUAAAGAAGGUUAUCAGCGUGUCUGUAUUCACGUUCGGCGAAAAGACCGGGACAACAAACACAUGAUUAAAGUUGGUUAUAAUGUUGCCGAAAAAGACUUUUUUGAAAGGGCUCGGAAUUUUUAUGUUAGCAAAUUUUCCAAAGUACAGUUUAUUGUAGUGACUGAUUAUAAAAUGUGGUGCAGGAGAAAUUUAAAAGAUGUAGAUAUUAGUCCAUUUAAUGAUGUCGGCGAUGAUUUGGCUUUGAUGUCGAUGUGCGACCACGCGAUUAUUACAGGUGGAACAUUCGGCUGGUUCGGAGCAUGGCUGUCGGGGGGCACCGUUUUGUACUUUAAAGGAUAUCCUAGGCCUGGAAGUUGGCUAGAUUUACAAACAAACAGAAAUGAUUAUUAUCCACCUUAUUGGAUAGGAAUUUCCUAA